CCGGGACUGAAACAUUUCCUACUCUGUUGAUCACUGGACUUCUUUGUGGAAUUUUACUGAUUCUUCUUCUUCUGCUGUGUUACAUCAAACUGUUAAAAGAUAAAUCUUUUAUCAGGACUCAGAGCACAAACCAGAGCUCUGCUAUGAAACACAGGAUCAACCAGAGUGAAGCUCAACACAGUCAAAACACUUCUCUCCAAGGUGAUGCUUGUAUAUAUGAAUCAAUCAGAGACUACGAUGACAGAGAAAAGGCAGAAUGCAGGGAUUUCACAUAUUCUUUGAUUGAGCUUAAAAACUUCACUAAGAAAGAUGACAGCCUGUUGUACGCAGAUGCCACCUACAGUAAGGCUGAAUGUAACAGUGACAAAAGAGAAUCAGCCACUGAAGCAGCUGACGAAGGGGUUUAUUCUGAAAUCAAACCACAAGAAACACAAGGAACUUUCAUGUUGUGACUGUAAUGGUUAUCAAAUAGGUUUUAAAGAAAGUAAAUGCAUUACCAAAUCACCUUUAACCAUUUAAUAAUCAUGAUUAUGUACUUUCAAAACAAGCAAAAGCAGACGAAUGCAGGACAGAAUUUACUUUAUUUCACAUGAAUUUUACAAAGCAUUGAAAAAAGAAAUGAGAGGAAAAAAGUUUUUCCCCUUUUUUUUAUAAAUCAGUUUAAAUGAGCUUUAUCUAAAAGUGAUGAUGUGGCUUUAAGUUCACUUUUUUUUUUCACUUUCACAUGAGCAGUUAUUAAACUGCAUUAUUAAUAUAUGUAUAUAUGCUGAUGUUUUCUAUGUCUUUUCUAAAUAUUUUUGUUUCCCCAAAUGGAUUAAGUAUCAUUUGAAAAAAAAAAUUUUUUUUAGUUUUACAAACUUCUAAACUGCAGGCAGGUUUUUCAUUGUGUUAUCUGAUUAUGUGUGCCAUAUAAACACACACUUUAUAUACUGUGACAUGUUGGGAUCAGGUGAAUGGAGUCCCCCGCUGUGCUUCUGGAACAGUGUGUUUCACAUUGAGUUUUAAAGAAGCUGUGUUUACUGUAUUUGUUAUAGUAAUAAAGCUGCUAUUGUUGCAAUCUUGUUUUCACUUACAGUUAUUGUUGUUGGGUUGGUGGAAUAGAGAUGUUACAUCAUGAGUGAAGUUAUGUGCAGAGUUAGAGCCCUUUAGAGGCAAAGUUUGAGUGUCUUUAAAUGCUUAAUAAAAUCGUGUCCCCCUUUGUCUUCAUAUAUAGUGCAGCUGUCCAUGGGACUAAAGUUUCACUUCAUUCAAAGUUAAAUAAGACUAAAUUUGCAGCCUUCAUUCUAUUUUUGACUUCUACUCAUUUAUGUUUCACAUUUCUGUUCAUGUAUAA